ACUCUCCUACUUUCAACAUCACGAUCCAUCGCUAGCCGUGCGAACCGCUGAACUAUCGCAUCAGAUCACAGUUCGCUAUGUGAGUCAUUGAAACUUUGAGACCCUGACGGAGAUAUCAAAAUCCGGCAAAGGCAGCAAUGGUGAUAUAAAGCGCUGGUCGAAGAGACCUUUGCUUGACGUUCCAGAUCAGUAGGUUCAUCUACUGUUCAUCUAACCAUGCUCACAAUCCAUCACCUUCAGCGCGGUCAAAGUGAACGGAUCGUAUGGCUGUGCGAAGAACUAUCCAUUCCCUAUGACUUGAAGCUCUAUCAGCGCAGUCCAUUCCUCUCCCCGCCAGAGCUCAUCGCGUUGUCACCCCUCGGAGCGGCACCCGUCAUUGAAGAUCCUAUUUAUGAUACAGCCAAACCGCUCAAGCUGGCGGAGAGCGCCGCAAUUGUCGAAUACAUCAUCCACAAACAAGGCAAUGGCCGACUAGCGCUGGCCCCUACUCACAAUGAUUACGCCGAUUAUCUGUACUGGUUCCACCUGUCCAAUGGCAACUUACAGCCUUGCAUACAGAGAAGUAUGCACUUUCGAAUGCUCAAACUUGGACCAGACAACCCCCAGCAAAAGAACGUCGAUGCACGGCUGAAGAAGGUCCUCGACCUGUACAAUGAGCGCCUGACCGAGGUACCGUGGCUGGCGGGAGAAGAAUUCACCGCGGCGGACAUCAUGAGCGUCUUCUCCCUCACCACAAUGAGACUUUUCUACCCUAUCGACUUGACACCGUACGACGGUAUUGUCUCAUGGCUACAACGAGUUGGACAGCGACCCGCGUAUCGUGCCGCAAUGGAAAAGAGCGAUCCUGGAUUCACUCCAUUAUUGGCAGCUGAAGAGCCAGAGCCGUUCCCGGGACUCUACAGAUAAUCGUCGGAAUUGUCAGGCAGCUGAUCUACCCGCAACGGUCACCACGAAGACCACGCGCUGUAAUAGGCGAGGAAGGCUUAUAUGAACCAGGCACACAACU